AUGCCGACAUUAACGGAUUUUAUAAAAUUUUUGACAGAACGCAGUCAUACGUUGAGAAUGCUCGGACAAAAUAAACCGAAGACAGUAAAUACAAAACAGAUAUUACAGAAGAAAAAGAAAGAAGAAAGAGAUGAUACACCAAAAGAAGAAGAACAUUCAGAACCAACGACGGUCGUCAAUCAUAAUGUGAUUGCAACUAACGUACAGGAUGUGACAAGUAUUUAUUUUGCAGGAAAACAGAUGUCGCAAGUUAUUCUUUCAACCGCUCAAGUGUUUGUACAAGACUCGAAUGGAAAUUUAGUGACAUGCCGAGCUUUAUUGGAUCCAGGUUCACAAUUCAAUUUGAUUACAGCCGAUUUAGUGCAAAGGUUAAAAUUGCAGCAGAUAAAAAGAAACACAAUUAUUAGUGGCGUCGACAAGGUAACUAGUGAAACAAAUCAUAUUGUUCAGCUUUCCAUUAAGGCGAUACACAGCAAUUACAAGCAACAGCUUCAGAGAUUUUGGGAACAAGAAACGUUAUCAGAAGGUCGUUUUUACACCGAGGAAGAGAAGCGUUAUGAGAAGCAAUUUUUAGAAACAACAACGAGAGAUGUUGAUGGUAGGUUCAUUGUGAGACUACCCGUUCGUCCAGGAAUUAUUCUUGGAGAAUCUAGAAGUCAAGCACAGCGGAGAUUCGAGCAAUUAGAACGCAGAUUAGUGAAACAGCCACAGAUUAAGCAAGCAUAUUGCGAAUUUAUGCGCGAGUAUGAAGAACUUCACCAUAUGACAUUAGUUGAAGAUUUGGAAUCCUUGAAGAGUAAGGAAAGUUAUUUUAUCCCUCAUCAAGCAGUGGUUCGCCCGGACAGCGUAACAACCAAACUUCGGGUGGUGUUUGACGCAUCAGCUAAGACCACUUUUGGUACGUCGCUCAAUGACAAGUUAAUGCCAGGACCUAAUUUGCAAAAAGAUCUUUUGCAUAUUACACUUCGAUUCAGAGUUCAUGAAUAUGUUGUGACUGCGGACAUUAAAAAAAUGUUUAGACAGAUUUUGAUUCAUCAAAAAGACCGAGUAUUACAGCUUAUCUUUUGGAGAGAGGAUGCAAGAAAACCAUUGCGCGUAUACCAGUUAAAUACUGUUACAUAUGGUACUGCAAGUGCUCCGUACCACGCUAUAAGAUGCUUAAAGGAACUCGCCACUAUUUACAGAAAGAAGUAUCCGGCAGCAGCAAGGAUACUCGAAGAAGAUAUGUACACAGAUGAUAUAUCAACAGGAGCAAGAACAAUACAAGAACUUGUUCAAAUUUGUCAGCAACUUGAAGCCAUUUUAUUAAAGGGUCAAUUUUGUUUGCAUAAAUGGCGUUUCAAUAAUCCUGACGUCUUGCAGCAGUUCAGUAAGCAGCAAAGAAUGGACAAGUUUUACACUUUAAACAAAGAAGAACCCCUGAAGACUUUAGGAAUAUUAUGGGAUUCAGCACAAGAUCAGCUUCAGUAUCAAGUAAAGAUAUCCAAGGACCAAGCAACGACUAAACGAGAGGUAUUGUCCAGAAUGUCACAGAUAUUUGAUCCAUUGGGGCUUGUAGGACCAGUACUUAUCAAAGGAAAGCUUUUUAUGCAAAAACUUUGGUCGGAGGCGCUAGAUUGGGAUCAGCCAUUAUCUCAAGAACAUAUAAUUGCAUGGGACAGCUAUUAUUCUUCUUUGUCUCAAUUUAACGAUUUUAGGGUUCCUAGAAACGUGAAUCCUCAAAAUAUCAAAGAUCGAUUGAUCAUAUUUGGAUUUAGUGACGCUUCGGAAAAGGCUUACGGUGCUUGCAUAUACGUCGUGAGCACGGACAAUCAAGGUAACAUUCAUUCUUAUCUUCUCUGUUCUAAGUCAAGAGUAGCACCUUUGAAGACGUUAACCCUACCCAGAUUGGAGUUAAAAGCAGCUCUUUUAUUAUCCAAGUUGUAUAACAUUGUCAAGAUAGCAUUUAAAGAUAAGAUUGAGCAGGUUCGACUGUGGAGCGAUAGUACCAUCGUUCUCGGUUAG